UUUUACGAUGAUUAGACUCAAAAAAGAAACCUUAUGAUAAAAAAUAACCCAAAUAUUCACAAAUUUCACAAAAUGUUUUUGUACAAAUUAUUAUGUGGAGAGCAUCUAAGAGGCUUGUAGUGGAUUUCUUGACAUACGUAGGAGGUUGUAUCCAUUCUAGCCCCGACCUCAAUGACCUGGAUGACAUAUCAGAUGCUUUCGAGAUUGAGGAUGUACAAGUUCAUGUCCAGCCGCAUACCUUCAGGGUACCAGUAGAAGAACCUGAGCAACAACAACAGCAAUGUGAGCCACUUCAGCAUCGACCGGAUGCGCCAGGAAUAAGACGGCGCUCGCCACCCGAAGUUGUAAUAAAAGUGCGACAGGCCAUUGAGGAGAUGAUGAUACUGCGAACGGAGACAUGCGAAAAUCCCCCAGGGGAUCACAUUCAUGUAUCACCAGUGUCUAAUCAACUACACCAUUUCCUCCCGAGAUUCCCCUAAUAAACCAAUCGUGAUUCAACCAAUGGUCGGUGGAUAAUUA